AUGGUAGAGGCUCCAGAGUCAGCUGAGAUGAGCAGGUCGUUCAUAACUCGAACCAAAGCUUUCUCUACUGCCAUCGCAUCUGCUGUAUGGCUGUCUGGUGUCCCUGACCAGCACUGCUGUUUCUCCACCGUCUGUGCCUCUCUGCCGUGGCUUGAAAAUCCGAUUGGCCAUUUCCACAGUGCUCCGGGUCAAGAGAGUUCGCCCUCCAUUAUCCAGCCUCCCGCGUUGCGAACGGACUUGCCAUUUAUGGAUCCCGCAGAGGUCGAUUCGAUGAGAACGGCGAUCGCUCAGCAGGGCUCUUGGUUGGGCCAGCACACAGCCCAGUUAUCCUCCACCAAUCGAGAGAUAGACAAUCUCACUACCCGAGUCGCCGACCUCACCGCCUGUCUAGAUCAGCCCCGCCGCUAUGUCUCUGAACGCACCAAAGUGGCUUACGUCAUUACCCGUUUGGUCGGUAAGGCCCAUGAUUGGGCCACCGCUGUUUGGGAUUCCCAGGACCCCUGUUGCCGUUCUUUCGAGGAAUUCCGAGGUGAGAUGGAGAAAUUAUUUGACCGUUCUGUCCGCGGCGAUGCCGGGUGCACUUUGUGGAUGGACUUAUCGAUGGCAUUCAGGAUGAGAUUUCUUCACACAAAUUACCUGAGUCUCUGGAGGCUAUUAUUAAUCUGGCCCUCCGCAUUGAAGCUCGCAGCUCUACGACAACCCAGAACAUCCUUAUCUCCUCGCCAGUCACAGCCUUCUCCUAGCCCUGUUUUGUCUGAACGGACGUGUCUGUUUCGCGGUCAGCAGAUGGCACAGAUUACUCACUGCACUACUCCUGUACCGGCGGUCGAUUUGACCGGGGUCCCGGCGGAAUAUGCCAACAUCGGCCAGGUUUUCAGUAAAGCUCGGGCCACCUCCCUUCCUCCUCACUGGCCGUAUGAUUGUGCUAUCAAUCUCCUCCCAGGCACGACCCCGCCUAAAGGUAGACUUUAUUCUUUAUCUGGUCCAGAGAGAGAGGCUAUGGACAAAUAUAUAAAUGAUGCCCUUCGUGCUGGUCUCAUCCGACCCUCCACCUCGCCCGCAGGGGCGGGGUUUUUCUUUGUUAAGAAGAAGGACGGCUCCCUUCGUCCCUGUAUUGAUUACAGAGGAUUAAAUGAUGUUACUGUUAAGAAUCUGUACCCUCUUCCUUUAAUGUCAUCUGCUUUUGAGCUUUUACAGGGAGCCCAGUUCUUCACCAAGCUUGAUUUGCGCAAUGCUUAUCAUCUGGUACGCAUAAGAGAGGGGGAUGAAUGGAAGACGGCUUUUAACACCCCUACUGGACACUUUGAGUACUGCGUUCUGCCCUUCGGGCUCACAAACGCUCUGUCCGUCUUCCAAGCUCUGGUUAAUGACGUGUUGAGAGACAUGAUUGAUACAUUUGUCUUUGUGUAUUUAGAUGAUAUUCUCAUCUUUUCUCCCUCUAUGCAGGAACACACUCAACACGUCCGCAGAGUUCUUAGACGCCUGUUAGAGAACCAGCUGUAUGUUAAGGCAGAGAAGUGCGAGUUCCACCAGAAGUCGGUUUCGUUCCUGGGUUUUGUCAUAGCCGCUGGUGAGAUCCGCCCAGACCCCGCCAAGGUUAAAGCAGUCACCCAAUGGCCCGUUCCCGUGUCCCGUAAGGAGCUGUUACGGUUUCUAGGUUUCACCAAUUUUUACUGGCGGUUUAUCCGUAACUACAGCCAGGUUGCUCAGCCACUUACGGCUCUCCCUCAACUAAGACCAGGUUUGCUUGGAAUAGUGCGGCUUGGAAUAGUGCGGCUCAGGAGGCCUUUGAUAAUUUAAAGUCCCGGUUUAUCUCUGCUCCUGUUCUUUCUAUUCCAGAUCCAGCAGCCCAAUUUAUUGUUGAGGUUGGUGCUUCGGAUGUCGG